UGGUUACCGAGUCAGACGCCAAAAGGUUUAGAACAGAUGGGUUACUUCUGCUCCACCUCGUAGGAAGCACCCGUUCCCUUGAGCGCACCCGUCGAUGUGGCCGAUGCGAUAGGCGAUGAGUUCAAAAGGAGUACGGAUAACGGGCCAGCGAUUUGGUCCGACGUAAAUCAGUCGCCGCUCUCCGGUGUAGAGGGAACAUCUUGAAACUGGUCGGGAAUCAGUGGACCCCUCAGAGACACAAGCGGAAUUGGCUUCCCAUGCUGACUCAAAAUGGAAGAUGUACAGGAUGGAGUUCAGAUUGGAGAAAACAAAUUUAUAAGCAAGGCAACUGUUCUCUCACAUCUGAAGACGUACAACCUCUACUAUGAAGGGCAGAAUCUGCAGCUCCGGCAUAGAGAAGAGGAGGGGGAGCUGAUAGUGGAGGGGCUGCUCAACAUCUCCUGGGGCCUCCGCCGGCCCAUCAGGCUGCAGAUGCAGGACGACCACGAGAGGAUCCGGCCCCCCCCUUCCUCCACAUCCUGGCACUCGGGCUGCGCCCUGGACGAUCAAGGCCCCCCCAGCACCACCGAGGGUCAGCAGAGCCCUCAGCAGCCCCUGCCCACCGUGGAGGUCACCGCCCCGGAUAGCCCUCCGGCGGGCCUCGCUGUCCCCGACGAUACGGCAGAAGAGGACGAGGACGAUGACGACUGCUCCGCCCAGCUCAUGAGGACAAAGAGUGAUGCUGGGAUUCUGAGGCGGGGCCAGAAACGGUCACCUAGUGACCAGAGGAGGAUACGGCGCCAUCGCUUCUCCAUCAACGGUCAUUUCUACAACCAUAAGACGGCUGUGUUCACCCCGGCCUACGGCUCGGUGACUAAUGUGCGCAUCAACAGCUGCAUGUCCACGCCGCAGGUUCUGCGCGUUCUCCUCAACAAGUUUAAGAUUGAAAACAGCCCCGAUGACUUCGCCCUGUACCUGGUGCACACCAGCGGAGAGCGAAUGAAGCUGAAGCGCACCGACUACCCGCUGGUGCUGAGAGUGAUGCAGGGUCCCUGUGAGCAGGUGUGCCGGGUCUUCCUCAUGGAGCCGGACCUGGGAGAGGAGGUCACCUAUGACGUGGCACAGUAUAUCAAGUUUGAGAUGCCCGUGCUGCAGAGUUUCGUCACCAAGUUGAAGGAGGAGGAGGACCGCGAGGUGCAGAAGCUGAGAAGAAGGUAUAACUUCCUGCGCUGCGUCAUUGAGAAGCAACUGCGCUGUCUUCCGGAACCAACCGCCUGCAUAUGACUCCGGACAGCGGGUCAUCACUGCGUUGCUGUUUCUCUGCACAGCCGCAGGGGUUAAAGUUCAGCCAGGACUGAGAACACGCUGUUGGACAAGACAACACAAAAGCAACAAGCAUUCCAGGCAUUCACUCUCUUACCCUUUUCCUCAGAGUCCCAAAGCCACUAGCAACGGUUGUCAUCGUCUCGAGUGUUCCGCACGCUUCGUUGAGCUCAUCACUCCAAGCACUCACCGUUCCAACAUGAGCAGCUCUCCGAUCCUCGCCAUGCUGGCCACCGCCACUAGAAGAUAUGGACUGAAAUAGUUUGGCCGUUUACCGCAACCACCUUUUAGAGCAAUAACCCCGUCCACCGAUGACCAAAAGGAAAGUAACCCCCCCUGCUCUUGUAAUAGCAGCACAAAUUAAGCAUUUGAUGAACUUUCUGCACUCUCUCUCUCUCUGUCUCUGUAUCUCUCUUUCCUCUCUGUUUCUCUUAGAAAUUAUGAGUUGCAGGUAUCAAGAAUUGAUCUCCAGUUUUAAAUACAUUAGCGGUCCAAACCCAUCCAAAACAUGAUGUCACUCAUGACAUCAUGAUGAACACUCCCUAAGCACACAUUUAGUGAGCACCAAUGUUUUUCUUCAAAGCACAAUCGAUGGUCUUUGUGAAGUGCCUAUUAGCAGGGUUUGUCAAAGCACAGAUUCAGUGACUACGAUAUAAACACUUAAUUGCUUUUUCUAUGGAAAUAUUUUGAAAUCUUCCAUUAAGUGGUCCCACAUUCGGUCCAACGGGUCAUAACAGAAAUGGACAAGGAAAUCUAAAUAAGAGUUUACCAAAAUUGAUGUAACAGUUACACAGAAGAAAAAAUGGCCUGCAGGUUUGGUCCAGCCAGCCAAUCCUAUGUUGUCAUUUAGACUUGGUCAUAGAGGAAGUUUUCAAUUGUUGUUACUACCAUCGUAUGACAUUCCCAUCAUUGAUCACACACAAAUAGUAGAAAAAGGUUUCUACAUUCAAUUAAAGAUUCAAAUAUUGUUUUGCACUUCUUAUUAGGGUGCAGGACAAGCAUUAUUUACGGCUAUGUUAGGUUAUGUCAGUGUUGAACUUUUCAAUGUUCUUAUUAUCCUAUGCAUGUUAAACAUAACUCUGAAUCCAAUCUAACAGAAUAUGAGGCAAAAAAACACAAAAGUCCCAAGGAUGUGAAUUGAUCAUGAGAUAGCAUCACGUGUGUGUGUGUGUUUGUGUGUGUGUGUGUGUGUGUGUGUGUGUGUGUGUGUGUGUGUGUGUGUGUGUGUGUGUGUGUGUGUGUGUGUGUGUGUGUGUGUGUGAGAGGAUCAUCAGGUACAGUGUUUGAUUGUUUCAUCCAACUUUCUAAUAUUUCUGACAUCUUUGAAGCUAUUAUCGAUAUUGGUUUACAUUACUGCUAACAAUUACACAGCAACUUACAGAGCAUUUGUCGGCUGGUUUUACGAUUGAACAAAAAAGUAAUUGUCGAGUUGUAAGUUGAGCAACCCUGGUCAGAACGUUUUUGUUUUAUGUAUCUCAAGACAUUUUAGCUUUUUGUACUGAUAAUGCCUCAAAGAUUGUUUAAAAUAAUCUCUGAUGUCAUUCAUCUCUUUUGCCACUGAUAAAUAGUUUUUUUACAACGAUUGUAAAUUAAUAAAGUUGUCAUUAAUUAGGUUUGCAUCUACACUUUAUUUUACCUCUUUCAUCUAGAUGGUUCUAGAGAAAGAGAGAUUAAGUGUUUUGUAAUGAUGCUGAGAUGUUGUAUGUAGGUCACAUGAGGUCAUGCGAAAAAUGUGAACGAAAAAAUAAAUGAAGGCAUUUGACAAAGCCACUAAACAAUGA